CCGCACAAAUGAGCGUGUGGACAUCAAUACUAACACUGUAUCAUUUCUUUACGGAUCGCUGUAGAUGAAAAUGGCAUAUGGAAAUUUAGUGUUGUGUGUAAUUCUAAUCCUUAUUCUGGCAACGACGGAGGUGGAAUCCCUGCAAAUGUCGAGAUGUCAAAUUGGUCGCCUGCUCCUCCGUUACGGGUUCCCAAGAUCCAAGCUCGGGGACUGGCUGUGCCUGGUGGAGCACGAGAGCAAAAGGAGGACGCACCACACCAAGAGCAGGAGCAACGGGUCCACUUAUUACGGCCUCUUCCAGAUCAGCAGCCGGAGGUGCAGGCCCAGCCGAGGAGGAUGCGAUGUCCGCUGCAGCAACCUGUUGAACACCGACUUAUCGGACGACGCGAAGUGUGCAUUGCAGAUCUACAAGAAGACAGCCAGGAGGAACGGCAGCAACGGAUUCAACGCCUGGUCCGGAUGGAGAAAGAACUGCAAGGGACGAAGCACUUCUUCCUACGUCCGAGGCUGCAGGCUUUCGACGACCAGGCGCUCUCCGUCGGAGUCAGGUGGCGGCUCGGCUGGCUCUCGGUACCUAGCACAAAUUGGGUUCAACGCGGUAUUGUUUGCACUGCUGGCAAUACGGCCGUGCUUCAUGAUGCUCAAAUCAUUAACCUUGUGCCACCUCAUCCUCUUCUCUUGGGGAACCUUGGUGACCUCACAUGCUCCAUGUCCAAAACCCCAGGAUAUUUCCCCCUGCACUUGCUCGUACUCCGAGGAGUCGCAAGAAGUGAAUGUGGAUUGCUCGGGUGCAAUAACCAGUCAAAGUAUCCUCGACGCAUUCUGCAAUGCAUCCUGGCCCUCCAUCCAACUCACCUGAAGAUCCUGGAUCUCCAUGGGAAUGCCUUGGAAACAGUGUCAGCCCUAGAAAGCGAAAGUCUCCAGGAACUCUACCUGUAUGACAACCAAAUAGUGACAUUUCAAGGAAAAUUGACCAUUCCAAACUUGAAGAAUCUGAAUAUCGGUCUAACCAUGAACACGUCAGUUGAGCUAUGGAGCAACCAGAUCGACAGUUUAGAGCAAAAGUCAUUUCGCCCGAUGCUGGAAGAACUCUCGAAGGGAAAUGGGUAUAUAAGUUUAUUUGGAAAUCCAACCCGCUGCGAUUGCAGUGUCGCCUGGCUCAUCUCCAGUCCAGACCUCCUAAAAAGCGUGAAGGAUGCAUACUGCUUAGAUGGGACUGCUUUUACCGAUUUCGAUGCAACAUUAUUUAAAAGGUGUCGCCUUUGUGAGCAUGAGUGCGUCGAUCUUAAGCAAGCUUCUUCAUGUUCACCCGGAACAACAACACCAUCGAGACCUCACGAUUGUCGUCCCGAGGAAUCGUGUUGCAAGCCAAAGAUCCCAAAAGAGAAUCCUCCAAAAUGCGGUAGCAAGAGAAAUGUGCAUUCUUCGGGCGCGGCCAACACGUCCAUGGAUCAAACGCCAUUAAACUUCGAUGAGUGGCCAUGGCAAGUAGCCAUCUACAGCGUCAAAGAACAGUCGAUCAUUUGUGGAGGAGCUCUCAUUCGGGAGAAGUGGGUCCUCACUUCAGCUGGAUGCUUAAAUAAGUUUCAGGACCCCAGGACACUCCUCGUCCAUCUCGAGAAACUUCAUUCGAAUGAAUCCAGGGACGACCAGUCCAUGGAACCAAUUAAAGUGUCCAAGAUAAUCCUGCAUGAUGACUUCAAUGCGGAAAACUAUGACUCAAACGUCGCAUUGUUAAAGUUGAGGAAGAGAGCGCAAUUGUCUCAACGGGUUCAGUUAGUUUGUCUUCCAAGCAAUCCUGGGGUCAACCUCAAGGAGGGAACUCGAGGUUGGGUGGUGAAUUGGGGCUUGAAUGGCACAACUGAGGAUAUGGUGGUGUCGAAGUGUCGUCAGGAUACCGCACAUCCAAUUACAAGGGCCACAUCGGACAAAGUGUUCUGUUCCACUAACAACUCGAAGAAUUCUGACAGUGGUUUGCUCUUCCACUUUAACAAGUAG